UCUAGGAAGACGCUGCUCUUGAACUGCGCCCUAAUUUGAGCAAGGGUGCGAAGGUGAGCGUAUGCGGAAGUGUUUUGUAACAACAAAAACGCUCACGCCGUUUACCCUCGUUAUAUUUGGGGAUUUAUUUAUGCGAAUAGUUUAUCAUUGCCUUUAUUCCUUUUGCUGACUUGUGAGGAGACCGUUCUGUUCAACUUGAAUCGAAAUGAUGUUUUGUAAAUGAGGUGAAGGCUUCACUGAAGCGGACUUAAACCAAAAGCAACAAAAUUGGAAGCUCACGGGGUUGGGGGGUUGCAGCAUAGGCUUCAAGAAGUAAUCAAUUUGAGAAGAAAUGCAGCGUUAAAUGCCAUCGGCUAAUUCGCCAUCCACUUCCCCGAUUGGAACAAUAACGGCGUGACCUUAUUAAACGUGGGCGGCGCCAUCUUGAACGCUUUCGGUACGUGCGGUGAUCCACGUCUUCAGUGUCAGCAUGAGGAUCGCCGUUCUGGGAGCCACCGGGCAGACGGGCCAGUUUUUGGUGGACCAGGCGCUGCAGCAAGGCCACGUUGUCACCGCCCUGGUCCGGAACCCGAACAAGCUCACCGUGCGUCAUGACAACCUCAAGGUAGUGGAGGCUGACAUCUUCUCAGUUGACGGCCUCAAGUCUCACCUGAAGGGAGCGGAUGUGGUGGUGUCCUGCCUGGGCUUCCCCAUCUCCUUCUUCUCCGGCGUGACGGGCUACACCCGCUCCAUGAGGGCCGUGAUCGAAGCCAUGCGGGUGGCGGAGGUCAACAGGAUAAUCGCCAUCACAUCCUGGUACACGGACCCUAACUCUGGCACUCAGUCGCAGUACCUGAUCCGCUUCCUGCUGCUGCCCCUGAUCCGUAGCGUGCUCAGUAACAUGUGGGAAAUGGAGCAGUAUCUGCAGCAGGUGGACGACAUCAACUGGACUGUGGUGCGCCCGCCUGGUCUCAAGAACCUGCCUUCCUCAGCCUUGGAGUUCCUGACCCACGAAGGGUACUUCGUGCCCGGCCAGGACGGGUACCCAGCAGGGAGCGCUAUGGGACGAGGCGACGUGGCUCGCUUCAUGCUGUCGCUCCUCAACAGCAACACUUGGUUGAAGAAAGGCGUGGCCAUCACCACCAAAUGAGAGGCAGCCACUACUAACACAGCCGAGGACCUAACAAUGACUAAUCAUUCAAAGUGCUUUUCUUUUAUAAGAGGUAAUGGAUGCUCCAGUCCAUCUUCUCGCAGCUAUGUGCAAUGAUCAUUUUCGCCGUACAGGGGGAGGCAAAAGCCAAUAGGAAUCAGAACCUAUAAAAGACAUUGUACUCGUA